AUGUCCGCUCAACCAGACUUCUCGGCUCUGUGGGAGUUCGGAGUUCAUGAAUUGAACUACUUGCUGGACCAGUACCACGAGCCUGCCGGCGAAUGCAAUGAGCCUGGUAUUUACAACUACUACGAGAAUCACGCAGACUCCACAUUACUGCAAUCCUAUCUCGCCGCCCCUGCGUACAUCAAUCAGUACGAUUCCUACAGCGGCGUGUACGGCCCUUUCCAUGAGUCCCUCAGUCUUCCCUGCCAGCCCCUGCGACCUGACUACCCACGACAUACUCCCGAGUUGUACCAGGAGGCUCUGGGUGGCGACGAUGCUACUUCGUACACGCCAGAACCUCCGACUCCCGGCACGAUCGACGCCACAGCCUCCUCGCUCCCUGCACAGCUUGUGAAUCUCCCACUUUACGAGCCCGAGGAAGUCCUUAAUGUCAGAAGAUCUUCCUACUAUGAGCCGUUCAACAAGUCCGAAGUAGUGAUCUACAACGACGCCGUGCCCGCUGUCGAGACAUUCAACUACCAUGCCUGUGCAAAACAAAGAAGAAGCAGGCAUGAGCUUGCAGCAGCGACCCGCCAACUGGAGGAGCCUCAGACGUACAAGCACGAAGCUACGGAUAGUUAUCUGGCACAACCAUGUACUCAACUCAUUUUUCCAGACGGAGCGCAGUCGAUCUCCGCGGAACCAGCCGCGCUUGAGCUCGAGAUUCCUCCGUUUAUCAUCCCGUCGCAACCUCGGAGAGUAGAAGUAACCCCAACGAAGCAAGAACAAUAUGACACUCUGCUGCCAACAAACGCACCCAAGCCUCUUCGCGCACCGAAAUCGCGCGCGGCACCUGUCACCGUGGAGUUACCAUACCCUACGCAAGCCAGUAUCGUCACACCGUCGCAGAGCGCGCAGCCGGAUACAAUAAAUCCAUCUCUCCUGCUGACCGAGGCCGCGUGCGGGCUAGGGAAGGUGAUGUACUCACCUUUUUCAAUGCAGCCCAUGUCGGCGUCGCUGUACGGACCGGUACCGUCGGGUGUUCCCCGCGUGAAGAAGCGGUUCAAGCGCGGUACCGCGGUCGCGUGUCUGUUCUGUCGCAAGAGAAAGAUCGCGUGUGGAGGAUCGGUGCAGGGUAGCAGCGACAAGACAUGUAUCCAAUGCUCGCGCCGCAACCAGAAGUGUGAAUACCCACCGUCUGCGGACUGCAGCUACAUGUUCAGGGAGGUUCCAGACGACUCUGGCCGCAUGAUCCAUAUCAUGCCUGAAGAUGGGGCCUGA